CCCCCAGCUGGUUAUUAUUUCCUCGCUCGUUUAUUUUAUUUUUGGUUUUUGUUUAGUUCCCAAUUUGUUAAUGAAAUGGAUCAGUUGUACCUGGAGAUCGAAAUAAGUACUCAAAAGGAGACCACCAUCUACACAAGUGUAUCAUCGUUUUUGGCCUUGUUUACUUAUCAAUUCCUAGACGAUCCAAAAAAUGUGCGGGUGAACUUCGUUUCUACCAAGAUUGAGGGCGGUAAAAUAGCUUUAAGGAGCUCCCAGCUGCGAAAGGAGCUCACGGAUCAGCACAUAACGUGCAGGGAGGCCGCAUCCCUGCCCGCUAUUCGGGAUUUGAAACUUCCCAUCUACGAAAAGGAUGGAAAUACCUAUAUAGCAGGAUCUUGUGCUGUUUGCAGAGAGCUAAUUGCCAGGCAACCGAAUGAGGAACUAAAGAAACUGUUGGGCUUCAAGGGCAGCUGCCUCCUGGCUCCAUCAGAAGCUUCGAUUUGGACUAGGUUCUGUGAGGUGGAUGUGGUUGACGUUGUGAGUAAUAUUCACAACGGUCAAAUUCUUGACUCGGUGCCCCCAGAAGUAGUAAGAUUCGAGCAACAUAUGAAUGAACCGGUGAGAAUGCACAACAUCUACAAGCAGGCCAGAGAACAGGCCAAUCAGACAGAGAAUGGCGGCAAAGUCAAGAGAAAAGAGCGAGUACAGAUUAAGUGUACUACGCCCAAGGAGGAUCUGCUUAUAGAGCACCGAUUCGCCGAGGGAAUUAGCUUCACCAUUGCCGAUCUCAUCUUGUAUCCCCUGUUAAGGAUCGUCUUCCAACAUUGCGGGCAGAUGCUGCCCCAUUUUCCACUCACCAGUACUUGGUUUAGUGAGAUUGAUGCCUUCGAUGGCAAGUGUGCGAGGAUACUGAAGGAGCUAUAUGUGCCACAGGCAGUGAGGACCCCGCCCGGCGACCUUGGAAUUCCCGACUGCGAGGCAACUAGUCUUUACAAGGCUGAUCCCAAGCGAUACAAACCGCGAAAUCGCAUCUACACUAGUCAGUUAGAGGUGGAUGCGGCCCUGGGAAAACUGGCCUCGUUACAGCUGCAAUUCAACUCGGACUCGGAGCACACUUACGGACAGCAGCUCAUCGACUGGGAACAAAUUGAGCCCACACAUGCAGAGAGUUCAGCACUGCCAAAGGAGCGACUCGAACGCAAGCGACAGCAGCUGGAGAACAUGGCCAAUGCGGUUGUGUCCUUGGCUCAACCUGGCGAUCGCAUAGUAGACUUCUGCAGCGGCACAGGCCACUUGGCCAUCCUCCUGGCCCUCAAACUGCCAAAGUGCACCAUUAUUGUGAUGGAAAACAAAGCUUUUUCCCUGCUCCAAGCUCAAAAGAGGACUGUCGAAUUGGGCUUAAACAACUGUGUCUUCUACCAAUGCAAUAUCGAUUACUUUGUGGGAGGAUUCGAAAUCGGUGCCUCUCUGCACGCCUGUGGAACUGCAACGGAUAUUGUUUUACAGCAGUGUCGCAGAGCAAAGGCACACUUUGUUUGCUGUCCCUGCUGCUAUGGAUCCCUGCAACCUAUGCCGCACAUUUCGUAUCCGCUGAGUAAAGCAUUUCAAGGGGUAUUGGAAACAAAGGACUACCUGUACAUUGCCCAUUCGGCGGAUCAGGCGCACGAGAUGGGCACCACCAACUGCAAGCCGGAGACCACGCUUCAGGGACUCCACUGCAUGGCCGUGGUAGACACCGACCGCCAGCUGCAGGCGGAGGAGGCGGGCUACCAAGUGAUCCUCACGCGCCUGAAGCCCGAGCAGUGCACGCCAAAGAAUCACCUGCUAGUCGGACGUUUUGUUAAACAGAACUGAACAUACAAACUGCCACUGAUACAAAAUAAAU